AUGACAGCCGACAUUUUCCGCCGAAGGAGUCCGUCCACCGGCCGCGAAGCAUCGUCAGAGAAGAAUUCCACAGUAUUAAAUUCGAAAGCGGUCGUGGCGAAGCCUCUCUACCCCUACAAUGAUACCAGUUUGCCCACCGACGAGCGAGUCGCAGACCUGUUGUCGCGCAUGACACUCGAGGAGAAAGCCGGGCAGCUAUUCCACAACAUGAUCCUGCCGGGCCCGGACGGCUCUCUAGCCGAGGCCGACCCAGCACAUGGGGCACCGGCGACGCGGGAGCUGCUCGAGGGCAGGAAAAUGUCGCAUUUCAACCUCAUUGGGCCAGUCUCCGACCCCAGGCUCGUGGCGCGAUGGCACAACAGGCUCCAGCGCCACGUCCUUGACCACACAAGGCUCGGCAUCCCUGUCACACUGUCGUCCGACCCUCGACACCACUUCGACAAUAAUAUCGGCACGGGGUUGAUGGCCGGGGCGUUCAGUCAAUGGCCCGAGACGUUUGGAUUCGCGGCGCUGCGCAACCCCGAGCUCGCCCGCAGAUUCGCUGAUGUUGUAAGGCAGGAGUAUAUAGCCGUGGGCCUGCGAGUCGCGUUGCACCCUCAGGCCGACCUAGCGACUGAGUAUCGAUGGGCUCGAGUUCACUCGACGUUUGGCGAGGACGCCGAUGUAGCCUCUGAGUUGGUAACUGCUUGUGUCGGGGGUCUCCAAGGGCGCCUUUCCAGGACCGGAGAUGGCCUGGACAGCGUCUCGACCACGACGAAGCAUUUCCCUGGGGCUGGUCCUGAGAUGGAUGGGGAGGACUCCCACUUUACUUACGGGAAAGAGCAAAUUUACCCGGGUGAGAAUUUCGAGUAUCAUCUGGAGCCAUUUAGAAAGGCAAUUCUGGCUGGAACAAGGCAAAUUAUGCCCUCGUAUGCGAUGCCAGUCGGGACGAAAUACGAGCAAGUGGGCUUUGGCUUUAAUAAGGGAAUCAUAACGGGCCUCCUCCGCAACGAGCUCGGCUUCGAGGGGAUCGUCCUCACCGACUGGGGUUUGAUAACAGACGCCGUCAUCUUGGGCCAGGAUAUGCCAGCGCGGGCGUGGGGUUGCGAGCACCUGAGCGAGCUGGAGCGGACGGUCAAGAUCCUCGACGCCGGCUGUGACCAGUUCGGCGGCGAGUCGGUGCCAGAACUGGUCGUGCAGGCCGUGGAGCAGGGCCUCGUCUCGGAGGCGCGCGUGGACGAGUCGGUCCGCCGCGUGCUCAGGGAGAAGUUCGUGCUCGGCCUAUUUGACGAUAGGCGGUUCGUGGACGAGGAUGCGGCGGGGAGGGUCGCAGGCAGGGCCGACUUCGUUGCGCUGGGCAAGGCUGCACAGCGGGAGGCGUUCACGAUACUUGCAAAUCACGGGGCGGUAUUCCCUCUCCCUGCCUCACAGAGGGACAGGCGAUUCUAUGUCGAGGGCCUAGACGCCGAUGUCGCUCGACGACGGGGUCUGAAAGUGGUGGCUACGCCUGCUGAGGCGGACGUCGCGUUCAUCCGCCUGAGAGCUCCGCACCAGGCCAGGCCGGGAGGGUUUGAGUCGAUGUUCCAUUCGGGCUCGCUUGAGUUCCCCGAGGAAGAAGCGGCUCGCGUCUCAAAACUGAUCAGAACGGUCCCGACAUCGAUCGUGGAUGUCUAUCUGGACCGGCCAGCUGUCUUGACGCCCAUUGUUGAGGCACAGGAAGCGGCCCGACCAGGUCACACCGCACUCUCAAGCACUGUCAAUGCGGGCUGGGUGGGAAGUGCCCUGACAGUGAACUACGGAAGCGACACGGACGCGUUUCUCGACGUAUGCUUGGGAGUGGGGCAGUCUUUGCCCCGAGGAAAGUUGCCGUUUGAUCUGCCACGCUCGAUGAAGGCGGCGAGUGAUAGUCGGGAGGAUGUGCCCUUUGACACCAAGGACCCUCUAUUUCGCUUUGGACACGGUCUUAGGUAUUCGAACUAA